CUCAACUUCCACUUGACCAGGAAACUGCAGCACAGAACAGCGUAGCCACGCGCUCUCAGUCUCCUCAAAUCGAUGCUGAGUUGCCCUCACCUUUAAGCGACGCAUCAGCCGUCCAAGCUCCGCCGGCAGUUCUAAGACUGAACGCAAAGUCUCGAUCUUGCUCGUAAUGGGGCCCAAACCUGAAAAAGGACCGCAUACCUCAUGGCAUGCGCACGAAAACUGUCUCGGGGUCGAGUGGGAGGACAUAUGCUGCUCGCGUCAACAGUUUGCAGGCCUUUUGAACGAAGAGAACUGUCGUGAUUUCAUAUAUCCACUCAGCCUCGCCCCCGGGGAAGCCCCAUUUCAGCGACGGGCCAGAAAUGGUGCCAAUGGUGUAGUAUCAAAUCUUUCAUCGAGAAAGUCUGCUCGCCAUUCCGAUCUUGGAAAGCUUGACCAAUAUACAUGCAUUAUUGCUCAUCUGACGGACCCAUCAAGUGACAAGGUCGAGAUCCCUUUUACCGUUGUCAUCUCUAACAUUCAUACCCAGGUCCUCAAUCCCAUCCCUCGCUUCUCCUGCCCAUCUCACUACAUUUGUCUCAGGAAUGCGCGAAUUGUAAGACCGCCGUCUUGUCCGAUAUCGACGAGAUGGAGUACACCGCCCAAAAAUUGCGUGUUAUUGAGCACCUUGACUCCAAUGAUAUUCUUAGGAAGAAAUCCGGGCCUUCUGAUCCAUCAUUUCCCUACUGCCCAUGGAGAGAAGUAGUGCCUCCGGUGGUGCCAGAUGUAUCCAUGGACCGGAACAUUAAGCACAUCGUCAUUCCCGGCCCUCCCAACCAGUUCUCAGUAAAAUCUUUAAGAUCCUGUUAGAAGUGGUUAC